AUGGCGGUGUCGCUGGGACAGCUGCCGCUGCAGCAGCUGGAGGCGCUGAGGACGCAGCUGGAGCAGAUCCUGCGCAUGUGCACGCGCUACACUCCGGCGCGGGACACGGUGACCUUCUCGGACGGCCUCACGCUCACGCGCACGCAGAUGGGCAGCGCGGCGCUGGGCGGGCCGCUCACCGACGACGUUUUCGCCUUCGCCGGGCGGCUCCACGCGCUGGCGCUGGACGACGCCGAGGCCGCGCUGCUCAGCGCCGUCUGCCUCGUGUGCGGCGACCGCGAGGGGCUGGAGGAGGCGGCGCGCGUCGAGCGCCUGCAGGAGCCGCUGCUGGCGGCGCUGGAGCGACACGCGGGGCGGCGGAGACGCCCGGCGCAGCCCCGGGCCUUCGCGCGCAUCCUCAUGGCCGUCACCGACCUGCGCGGCAUCGGCGCCAAGGGCGCCGAGCGAGUCCUCACCCUCACCACCGAGAUCCCCGGCUCCUUGCCGCCGCUCAUCCGCGAGAUGCUCGACGGCACGGAGCGCACGCCACCGCAUUCCACCGCCGGGGGCAAUCGCCACGGUGGACACGGCGGCGGUGGCGGACACGGCGGCGGCGGGCACGGUGGACACGGCGGCGGGCGGUGACGUCGCCGAAGUUUUCCCGCUGUCCGCGAGCCCUGGAACCUUCCGGCACGACCGGCGGCUCGGCAGCCUCGUGAGCGAGAACAACGACAACAACGUAGCCGCAGCAGCCGCAGCAGCCGCAGCAGCCGGGCUUCGCCGUCCGUUCGCGGAACGGCGGCGGAUUUCGGAAUGUUCGGGUUGAGCGCCGUUUGGCGUCGUCCGCCCGCUGCUGCGGAGGGUUCGCGAGGUCGGCGGUCCGGAACCGAGAGGCCGCCGCGGUUAAUCACGCGGGGUGCGCGUAUUAACCGUGAAGAUCCUGCAUUUGCCAAAUCGCUUGCAAGUUACUCGUCAUGGAUGAGCCACUUAGCCCCGUCCCACCCUGCUGGCAGACCGAUGCCCGCUCCUUGCAGACCGGCUGCAGUCUUCAAAACAUGGGGCGAGGUGUAAUAACGAUAAUGAUUUUUUACGCGUCGGCUUUCUCGACCAAUAUUACGAGUCACAACCGGUUCUUCUGUUCGGCGGUCACAACGUCGUGCGGGCGUCACGCCGCAGCCCUCCACACGGAACGAUGAGACGGGAGCCGUCGACGUCACGGGCAAGUGCGCCGAUCGGUUUGGGUCUCUCACCCAAACCGGAGGCACGAAACGACGUCCCCGCUGGAGGUGUCACGACGUCACCGGCACUGCCGGGCGGUCGCCAAGGGCCCGAGCUCUCCUCCCCCCACGCGUCGUGGGUCCGUCGAGUCCCAGACGACGCCGGGCGAAGCGGUUCUGGCGUCGCCCCCGAAUCAAGAGGCGGCUGCAGCGCCUUCUCUCUCACCACGUCACCUGGUCACCUCCCCCCCCCCCCACAACGCCUUCACCGGCAUACACUGCGCCGACUCUGUGAAGUUUGGUCGGAUAACCCCCCCCACCCCCUGCCCACAGCCCUCACCCCCGCCGCUCCACACCUCAACGACCCUCAUGCAGUCAUCCAGCAGUGGAUUGACACAAGGCCAGUACGUGUACAGGUGCACACAAAGAUGCCCCGUGUAGCCUUGAACAGGCUGUUGGGCCAAGUGCUGUUCGCGAGUUGCACCUACGAAGGCCGGCACGGCACACGGGGGGGGGGGGGGGGCAACACCACGCCCGGCCACCUUUGUCUCCCCAGUGCUGUUUACAUUUCCACGCCGCAACGGGUGCUCAUGCGGAGCCGAGUCGUCGACCAAGGGGAGGCCCAGGGACCGCUUCAAACAUUCGCAACCUUCUUGUCGCGAGCGGGAAUCAAAGUCUGGUGGUCGGGUUAGUAGCGCGGUGCGCCAACCACUCCACCGCUGCUCUCCAAUGUGCGAGCAUACUCGCGCUCGGCCGCGUGAACUUU